AUGUCAGAAAACUUGAAAAGAGCUGAAUCGCUUUUCAAUAGGAUAAUGAACCAGAACGGUUCCAACUCCGGCGGCACGAACUCCAAUUCUGGCAACGGAAUUCAGUCCAAAACCGGGGGGAUGACAUCUUCCAUAGGGUCUUCAAAGAGCUAUGGGCUGAGGCACCACAACAACAAUAACCAUCAUAGCGAACAUUCCAGCAACAAUAAUAUCAACAGUAGUAAUAGCAGUAACAGCAGUCAUAACAUCAAUAAUCAUAGUUCUCAUCACGCAUCGAAUCAUCAUCACCACAAGGGUGGCUACAAGUCGUACAAUGGUGGCAGCGGAAACGGAUACAGAGGCAACAAUAAUAACAGUAACAGCAUGCCCAACCCGAAUAUCGAGUUGCCCAAGAAGGACCCAAUCAAGACGGCAGAGGAGACGUUGAAGGAUAUCCCAGCGGACCACCAUGUGUUGCCGUACUGUUGGACCAUAUGGCACCAUUCUAGGGCCAAACCUAAACAGAAAGAGGUGGAAGAAGAAGACGGUUCAGGGGCAGCAGCAGCAGCUGUAGCAGGAUCAUCAGCUACAGCAUCCACCGCUGCCGCUGUCGCUGCCCUUUCGGGCACUGGUUCUGGUACUAGUACCGAGACCGACUCAUCUGUAGCUGUCAACUCAUACUUGCAGACCACCAACGAGAUUGAGUUCCCCAAGUUGAACAAUACCACUGAGACGACCACUAAUAUCGGGUCCUUGGAGCAAAUGUGGGCCUGCUUGUCUACGUUAAAGAAAACUUACGAGUUACCUAUCGGGACCGAGUUGCUCAUCUUCAAGAGUGGAGUCAAUCCAGUCUGGGAAGAUCCUAUAAACACCAAGGGAGGACGUUGGGUAUUCAGAUUCAGUCGUCGUUCUCCCGGCAACAAUAGCAAGGAUUCAGAUGGAGAAUCGUCGAUGAAUGUCCGUAAAAAAUCCAGUUUGAUCUGGGAAAGGUUGAUCCUCAAGACCAUGACCGGCUCAAUCAUUCCAGACUCCACGUAUUCUGAGGAAAUCCAAGAUUUACUUCUCAAUGACAUUUCAGGUUUAGUUUUGAGUGUUAGAAAAGACGAAGACAUUAUUAGUAUCUGGAACUCCAAUUUGAAUUUCAAUAAGAAGAAGCAAAGUGCAAACAAUAAAGAUGUAGCUGAAGACACCGAUAAGACUUCCAAGAAAUUGACUUCAUUCCAAGCAAGAAGAAUUAUCUGUGACUCCAUUUUGAGAAUUAUUCGUGAAUGCAAAACAAUCACCAGAGGAUCUGAUAGCAUUGAAACGUUGGAUUCAGGUUCGAAUGAGAGGGUCUACGGUGUUUCUUUCGAAUAUAGAUUACAUUCUGACAACAACAACCCACUGCUGCAUUCGGGAGGUUCAGAUAAGCAUGGGGGAGGAAACCGCCGUUACCCGAAGCUGUAUUCCAAUAAGAACGAGCCCGAGGCUUAA